UCCACCUCAACAAACUUUCAUCCUUCAAGUCCAGGAUCUGGGUUCGCUAAGCUUGUAUUGCUUCAGACAUGUGGAUGAUCAUCAACUUUAUCGGGACUACAACUUUUAGGAGCUCACCACCGAUUCUUCACCUAUCAGAAGCUCACCAUCGAUGGGUCACUUGCCAAACUUAUAGUCAAGACUUCACCUACUAGGAGCUUACCUUCGAGACUUCGCUUGCCGUACUUCCAGUCAGGACUUCACCGGCGCAGAGGCCAACGGCGGAAGGGAGUCAACUUGGAGACACAACACUCCGAGGGUGAAGCGGAGUCAGUCCCACGACGGAAGGAGGCGGCAUGAGCGAGUUAUUGGAGGAGGACAGCGUCGGAGGCCGCGGAAGAGGUAGCGAGGCCUGGCUGCGGGAGUGCGAACGACGUCAACGGGGAGAAGGGAGCCUUAAUACAUUCCGGGUACGUUAACCCGCUAUGCCUAACCCGACCCGACUUUUAAGCUAUUUAAGAUGAGGUUCGCAAAUCCCAAGGUAGGAGGAGAAGUCUACUUGCGAUGUGAAGGUACUGAAGAAGAGAACAAAUUGGCCAACACUAGUGCAAGUCGGAGAUCGAAGCCUUCAAGUCUGCUUGAUCCUUGAAGAAACCUCCACUUCCUCAGAAAUUAAUUGGCAAACUGGAGUUGGUAAAGUUGCUUCGUGGUUACAGACAGUAUGCUUUUUGAGAUGGAACUUGAGAUGGAUAAUGCUAGUUAUGUGGAUUCAGUUGUUGCAUAUUUCUUCCAGCCAUUCUUUCAUUUGUUCAAAACCAUUUUACAUAGCACGUCAUGUUCUAGAGCAAUUCAGCACCUUUGCAUCUCCCAGUAGAUAUAGAAAGCUAGAAGACAAGGAUCUUGACAAGGCCUUGAAAGUUUUGGAUUUGGUUAUCCCCAAAACCAGUGAUGUUAAACUUAAAGGUAAGUCAGGCCAUCAUCGAUUGAUAAAUGGGUGCAUGGAUGAUCUUCUCAAAGUUAAUCAACAGAAUUGCUUAAAGUUUGUUAAGAAGAGUGCAAGCGCUAACUUGUGCUAUAAAAUUGAAGAUAUAUUUGAAAAGAGUCAUCGCAAUGAAGCUUUUUUAUGCUCUAGAACUGAUAACAAAGUAAAAGAAGAUGCUCUUUUGUCAUUUUGCAACUUGCAUUAUAGAGGGAUAAAGUUGGAUCCUCCAACAAUUUCUUCUGCCAUUAGUUCUUGUGUUUCCUCUGGGACUUUUGGCACAGGAGUCCAGCUUCAUGCUCUCUCAAUUAAAAAUGGCUGUGAAAUAUCUUUGUUAACUGGGAGCUCAUUGAUCACCUUGUAUUCCAAGCUGGGGCAGUUGAGUAAUGCUUAUUAUAUUUUUCACAUGAUGCCUGUCAGAAAUGUUGUAUCUUGGACUGCUGUAAUUUCAGGUUAUGCACACUACAGGGAAGUCGAGACAUGUUUGCAACUAUUUUCUUCAAUGAGACAAGCAUUCAUAGAACCAAAUGACAUCACAUUUGUAUGCAUCUUGAGUUCAUGCACCACUAGUGCAUAUCUUGGAUUCGGCAGGAGUGUCCACUCUUUAGAACUUAAAAUGGGUUUUGGUUUUUAUAUCCACGUUUCCAAUGCAUUGAUCUCAAUGUAUGCUAAAUGUGGCAGUAUCAAUGAAGCUCAUUUUGUUUUUGAGAAGAUGCAACUCAGAGAUCGAAUCUCAUGGAACUCCAUGCUUUCAGGAUACUCACAGUAUGGGCUUGCUAAUAUAGCUAUAGACUUGCUGAAUCAGAUGUACACACAGAAUGCAACUCCUGAUGCUAUUUCUUAUCUCUGUGUUCUUUCUUCAUGUCGGCAUGCAGGACUUGUGGAGAAAGGGCGCCUUUGCUUUGAUCUAAUGCUCAAACAUGGGGUAAAUCCAGAAUUAGAUCACUACUCAUGCAUGGUUGAUCUUCUUGGUCGUGCAGGGUUGUUGGAAGAAGCAUUCGAUGUAAUCAAGAAAAUGCCUAUCCGUCCAAAUGCUGUUAUAUGGGGCUCAUUGUUGUCAUCAUGUAGGGUCCAUAGAAACGUAUGGAUAGGCAUUCAUGCUGCUGAAAAAAGGCUUUUGCUAGAACCAGAAUGUGCUCCAACUUAUCUUCAGUUAGCAAAUCUUUAUGCAAGUGCAGGAUACUGGAAUGAGGCAGCAAAAGUUCGCAAGCUGAUGAAGGAGAGGGGGUUGAGAACAAGCCCCGGGUACGCCUGGAUUGAAAUUGGUGACAAGGUCCAUAAGUUUAAAGCAGAGGAUGGAUCAAAUGCUCAACUCAAUGAGAUACUGAGAAUUGUGGAUUGUUUAGCAUGCCAUAUGGAACUCUUUGAGUGUCCUUCUGUUGAGAAUUUUAUGCUUGAAUAUGAAUAGCUUUGCCAAUGGAGAAGAUCAAUUUGGGGGUCUCAUUUAUACUCAAACAUGAAGAACUUGCUAUAGUGAAUCAUUUUCCAAGUAUCAAGGAGCCUUCUCGAUGGAUAAUACCACUUUCUUGGGAACUUAAUGAUACUUCAUGGAUGGUUUUCCGUUGUGGAUAUUUGAUACUUCAUGGAUGGAUAAUAUGUUGUUGAUGAUUGUUACUGGUUACCCAAGGUUGACAGGGGAGUUGUUGUGAGGAUAAAAAUUCUAUUUUGCCCGAAAUUAAGUGGACAAAAAAAUUGAUUUGUGAAUGGAUUUACAAUCCCUCUGUAAAUCAUUUAUAAAUAAAGUAAAUGAUGGAAAUUAUUUUGAUUUA